ACAUGGAUGCGGAUUGAAGAAAAGUAUCCAAAUCAAACACUCGUCUCCCAUUUUUAAACCAAACAGUCUUCAAAAAUCAAAACCCAAAUUUUUUUUCGAAGUCUGGAAAUUGUAUCAGAACUCCCCAAACCAAUCCAAGCCCCAAAGUUAUGGACUUUCUUGACUUAGGAUUUUGUAUUUUCAUUUGUGUUUUAUGAAGCCAAUGAGAUAUAGAAGUGAUUAAAGAAGAGAAUUAUUAUUAAUCAUUUCGAAUUUCAUUAAUAGGAAAUUGCAGAGUGCUUCUCAACUGAUGCUUAUUUCUGUAUUUUACUCAUGGCAAUGUAUCGACUCUCUCACGGCCGCCGCCUCCUCUGCUGCGGCCACUCUUACCUCUCAAUUGCCCUUUCCGGCAUUAACCCUCCGCCGACCUCAAACCAGAGUAAUAAUUUCCUUCAUUCGCUUCUCGAUGCUCCCAAUUUCUUCGAAUUCACCCUAAGAAACUCCAGCUCAAGACACCAAUUUUACAAUUCUUUUCAUUUAAUCCGACCAUUCGGUGUGUAUCAAACGCUUUUUGGAAAUUCUCACAUUUCUACGCUAGCAUCAAAGGAAAACGAGCAAAAACCGAAAAAUAAUGGGAGUAGUAAGCCCGAUCAGUCGUGGAUCGAUGUUUAUUUACCUCAAAAGGCUCGGCCUUAUGCCCACCUGGCGCGCAUCGAUAAGCCGAUUGGCACUUGGCUUCUUGCUUGGCCAUGCAUGUGGUCUAUAACGAUGGCAGCAGUUCCAGCGACUCUUCCAGACUUUAAGAUGAUGGCUUUGUUUGGUUCAGGGGCAUUGCUUUUACGUGGUGCAGGAUGUACAAUCAACGAUCUACUUGAUCAAGAUAUUGAUAGAAAGGUAGAGCGGACAAGGUCGAGGCCAGUUGCCAGUGGCAUUUUGACACCAUUUCAAGGACUUUGUUUUCUUGCUUUUCAAUUGAGUUUAGGUCUUGGGGUUCUUCUGCAAUUGAACAACUUUAGGUUUGUUUUAUUUUCCAGUCAUUCUUUAUUUUGAUUAUGAUAGGAUUAC